AUGAAAAAGCUUAGUAUUAUACCCCUAGCGUUAUUUGGACUCGUAAUAUGGUGUUCUUUCGCUAUAUCUACCGGUUUAGCGGAUUAUAUUCACCAAGAAGGUUAUUGCGUUAUGCGCGGUCAGUGUGGUUCCAAAAGCUUUUUUGGAAAACAACUGAACUGUCCUUAUAAUAAACCGGCCGUUGAGCCCGAUGAAGCCUUAAGGUCGAAACUUAUCCAAAUUUGUGGUUCACAAUUCAGAAAUGUUCCGACUUGUUGUGAUUCUAAACAAUUAGACGAUCUCAGCGAAACAUGUUCUCCAAACCAAUCUACGUUCUUAAAUGUAACAUCCACAGGAAUUUCAUCCAGAAAUUUACCAAUCGUGACGAGUGUUGAUUUUUUCGUAGGUGAAACCCAUGGAAAAGGAUUUUAUGAUUCUUGUAAAGACAUAAAAUUUGCUGCUACAAAUGGUUACGUAAUGGAUUUUAUUGGUGGUGGAGCUAAAAACUAUCAUGACAUGUUGGUGUAUCUAGGACAGGAGAGACCAAUCGGGUCUCCUUUCCAAAUCGAUUUUCCACUCAAUGAUACAUCAAAUAUUAUGUUACCAUAUAACGAUCCACCGAAACGAUGCAAUGACACUGAUAUAAAUUAUCGGUGUUCAUGUGUGGAUUGUCAAUCGGUCUGCCCCUCAUUAGAACCAACCCCGGAGGAGAAAGCUUCGUGUUAUGUCGGCUCUUUGACUUGUUGGGCGUUUGGAAUUUACCUAUCUUAUGGUAUUCUAUUAUUUGUCGCAAUUGUAUUUUUCGUGAACUUUUAUAAUAGUCAAAAGUUGGACAGAGAAGGAUUUGAACGCGUCGCACUUACUGAUGAUGAUGAAGACACCUUAUUAAAUCCGGAACGUUCAUUGCGACGCUACGCUCUGAAUGCACUUUUACAGGAUUAUUUUUAUCAACAAGGGUAUAUAUGCGCUAAAUACCCUUGGCAAACAAUAGGUGUUGCUGCGCUAAUAGUGAGCUUUGCGACAUUGGGUUGUUCAAAAUUUGAAGUGGAAACUGAUCCUGUAAGGCUUUGGGUUGCACCGAAUUCUGAUUCUGCGAUACAAAAAGAAAUCUUUGAUCAAAAUUUCGGUCCAUUUUAUCGAACUCAACAAAUUUUUAUUAGUAACAAAAACUCUAAUCAAAGUGUUGUGAAUUAUGAUAAUUUAAAGAAUUUAUUCAUUAUUGAACGCGAAAUUCGAGAAAUAAAAUCUCCACAUACUUUGCAAGAUUUAUGUUUUCAUCCGAAUGGAGAUGCAUGUAUCGUUCAAUCUGUUGCAGGAUAUUGGCAAUCAGAUUUAGAUAAUUUUUCAGAAGAAACUUGGAGAGAAGAAUUCAUAUCAUGUACAUCUGCACCAACCUUCUGUUUACCGGAUUUCCAGCAACCGUUAAAACCAGACAUGGUUCUUGGUGGUUUUGAGAAUGAUGAAUACAUAAAUGCCAAAGCUUUAGUUCUUACUUUUGUUUUGAACAAUUCAUUAAAUCAAAGUGAGAUUGAUGCAUCCCAAGAAUGGGAAAAAUCCUUGAGAGAAUAUUUAAAUAAAUUAAAAUACAACGAAAAUGAUAAAGUUAACACUUCACAGCUUCAUAUAUCUUACUCAACUGAGAGUUCUCUCGAAAUAGAAUUAAACAAAUCGACAAAUACCGAUAUCUACACUAUUGCAUUAUCGUAUUUGGUCAUGUUUGUUUACGCGUCAUUUGCUUUAGGAAGUUUUACAUCCUUUCAACGCAUAUUUAUUGAUUCAAAAUUUUUGCUCGGUAUUAGCGGAAUUAUUAUAGUUUUAGCAUCAGUUUCAACAUCUGUAGGAAUUUUCUCUCUCCUUGGAAUUAAAGUUACUUUGAUUAUAGCUGAAGUAAUUCCAUUCCUUGUGCUUGCGGUUGGAGUAGAUAAUAUUUUCAUAUUGAAUCACGAAUUUGAAAGGCUUACAUUGAAAUCAUUUGGUGAAGAGUCAGUUGAAGAACGUAUUGCGAAAACUUUAGGACGCAUGGGACCCAGCAUUUUGUUGAGUGCAUUAAGUGAAACAAUUGCAUUUGGUUUAGGAGGAAUUGUGACCAUGCCGGCCGUAAGAAAUUUUGCACUUUAUGCUGCAUUGGCUGUUUGGGUGGAUUUCUCGUUACAGGUGACCGCGUUCGUAGCAUUCUUGUCUUUGGAUGCUAAAAGGCAAGAAGAUGAUAGAAUUGAUUGUUUUCCUUGUGUUAAAGUUGGAGCUCCUGAACGUAUUGAUAAAGAAGGGUUAUUGCAAAAAUGGAUGAGAAAAUAUUACGCACCUUUUAUAUUAAACAAAAAAGUCCGAAUAGCUGUUAUUGUUUUCUUUAUCAGCGCGUUUAUGUUCUCUUUAGGUUUGGUGCCUCAAAUAGAAUUAGGAUUAGAUCAAAGAAUAGCUAUUCCGUCUGAUUCAUAUUUAGUAGAGUAUUUUAACGAUUUGGACGAUUAUUUCCGAAUUGGUCCUCCAGUUUAUUUUGUCGCUCAAGGUCUUAAUAUAACAACUAAAGAAGGACAGCAAACGUUAUGUGGAAGGUUUAGCACUUGUAAUCAGUUGUCAUUGGCGAAUAUUCUGGAACAAGAACGUAAACGUUCCCAAGUUUCAUACAUUGCUGAGCCAACGUCAGUAUGGAUCGAUGAUUUCUUACAUUGGUUAAACCCUUCAUUAGAAAUGUGUUGCAGAUUUAAAAAAGGAACCGAUCAAAAAGAACUAUGUAAUGGGGAUGAUGAUGAAGAAGAUUGUGAAGUUUGUUUUAAAGAUCGAGAACCACAUUGGAACAUAACAAUGUCAGGAAUGCCACAAGGAGAAGAGUUUCUGAAAUAUUUAGAUUUAUGGUUAAAAUCCUCUCCAGAUGAAUUUUGUCCUUUAGCAGGUAAAGCGGCGUAUGCAGAUGCAAUUGUAAAUGAUUCAGAAAAAAUUACGAUUAUUGCGAGUCAUUUUCGUACAUUUCAUACGGCAUUAAAAAGUCAAAAAGAUUAUAUCGCAGCAUACCAUUCAGCUCAUAGGAUAUGUGAACUCAUUAAUAAAGAAAACCCUUCGGUUCAAGUAUUUCCAUAUUCAAUAUUUUACAUAUUUUUCGAACAAUACGAACACAUAGUAGGUUUAGCAGUAGAAAUAUUUAUUUUGGCGUUUAUUUCAAUAUGGUUCGUUACCACUUUAUUACUUGGAAGUAUAUGGACAGGUUUUAUUAUAGUAUGUCAUGUUAUAAUGAUUAUUACAGAUGUGUUGGGAAUAAUGUCAUUAUGGAAGGUUUCGUUAAAUGCGGUUAGUUUAGUUAAUUUAGUAAUAUGUGUUGGGAUCGGUGUAGAAUUUUGUGUACAUAUAGCUAGAGCAUUUGUUGUAGGUGGUGAAGGGGUUGAUAGAGAUGAAAGAGCGUAUAGAUCAAUAAUUGAUGUGGGAAGUUCAGUAUUUUCUGGAAUUACAUUAACUAAAUUUUGGGGAAUUUUAGUAUUAGCAUUCACAAGAAGUAAAAUAUUUGAAGUUUAUUAUUUUAGAAUGUAUGUGUCAAUGGUAGUAUCGGGUGCGCUUCACGGCUUGGUGUUGUUACCCGUUUUAUUAAGUUUAAUUGGUAGUGAAGGUGUGGGUAGUGGCGAAGAUUUUGAUUACGAUAUAUUUGACGAUGAAGAAAUGUUUGGUGGUAGGCCUAUUAGAAGGGCUGAUAAUAGAAUGUUGGUCGAUGAUGGUGGUAUUGAAAGUGGCGAAAGUGAUGCUGAUGAAUUGUAA